AUGACAGACUACAUCGCCAAGGCGCAAGCUCACCGUGCUAAACGGGAUGCUGCCAUCCCUGCCGAGUAUCUUGUCGACCUCUCGGCUGCCGGCGUACCAGCACUUCCGGAAGAAUCUCUACCUCUACCCUACUCCAAGGCGCAACCUCACCAUCCGGAGCCCACGACGAUCUACCCGCGUGACAAUGUCCUGUCGGUGCCCUCCAAGCUCCUCUCGAUGGAAGACGUAGCGAUCACCGAGACGCCGAUCGACAAGCUGCUCUCCCUCCUCGCCACGGGCAAGCUAACCUCAGUGCGAUGCACCGAAGCCUUCCUGCGUCGUGCAGUUCUCGCGCAUCAACUUACCAACUGCGCCACUGACUUCUUUCCCGACCUAGCCCUGGCUAGAGCCAAAGAGUGCGACGAGUAUCUCGCCAAGCACGGCAAGCCCAUUGGCCUGCUACAUGGACUGCCCGUGUCCCUCAAAGACCAGUUCCACAUUAAAGGCACAAACGCUACCAUGGGCUACAUCGCGGCCAUCGGCGACAUCGCCAGCCAGAACAGCGUCAUCACGGACGUCAUCCUCAGCGCAGGAGGUGUCAUCUACGUGCGUACAUCGAUUCCUCAAAGCUUGAUGCGCUGCGAAACGCAUAACCACAUCUACGGGCGUACGGUGAGCCCCUUCAACCGAAGUUUUACCUCCGGUGGCAGCUCGGGCGGGGAGGGUGCGCUUGUAGGCAUGCAUGGUAGUCCCCUCGGUCUGGGUACCGAUAUCGGUGGGUCUGUGCGUGUACCCUCUGCGUUCAACGGGCUUUGGGGGAUGCGACCAUCGAUGUAUAGGGUGCCGUAUGAGGGGGCAGCGAACUCGUUCUUGGGACAAGAAAGUGUGUCAUCGGUCAUCGGGCCUCUGACGCACUCGCUGGAAGGUGUGGUCACUUUCAUGCGAGCCGUGCUCGCAGCUCGGCCAUGGGAGCUCGAUCCGAUCCUGGUGAGCAUGCCGUUCAACGAGGAGGCGUAUGCACUCAAGAACCUGCAGCUCAAAGCGGGCAGUGCCGAGCCUGCUGAGGCUUUCGAUGCCAGCAAGACGCAGCUCUGCUUUGCCAUCGAGUGGGAUGACGGCAUCAUCCACCCUCAUCCGCCCAUCACGCGUGCGCUGCGUGAGGUCAAGGAGAAACUCGUCGCUGCUGGACACAAGGUCAUCGAUUGGGUCCCCUAUGACCACCUGCGUUGCUACGACAUCAUCGGGCGUAUUUACAGCGCGGAUGGUGGCGAAGACAUCAAGCGGAGCUGCGAGGCCGGCGGUGAACCGGUCAUGUACAACCUCAUGGCGGAUGGCAAGGAGCCCAAGCACCUCUCGACAUACGAAUCCUGGCAGGUCAACAGAGAGAAGAGUCAGUAUAGGAAGGAAUACCUAGACUACUGGCAAGCGACAAAGGACAAGACGGGCACAGGUCGACCGGUGGAUGGCAUCAUCGCACCAGUCAGCAACUGGGCGAGCUGCAAGCACGACUUGAACGAUCAUGUCAGCUACACGACUCAGUGGAACUUGCUCGAUCGACCGUGUGUCGUCUUUCCGGUGGGAUUUGUCGAUCCGCACAAGGAUGCAAAGGUGCCGCUCGAGAAACCGUACACGGCUCUGCCAGACAAUGUGGACCAGGUGUACUGGGAUAGGUACGACCCGGAAGAAUGGGCGGGACAACCGAUCAAUCUUCAGGUGGUAGGCAAACGUCUGCAGGACGAGGAACUGCUCGGUCUGGCCAAGGUGAUUCGCGAUGCUGGCGCUACCCUCAACUGA